CAGAUUUCUCCAUGGCAACUGGAACCCUAUAAGGUUGUUGUUGCUAAUCCUUUUCAGCUUACACAAUACUUAUUUUUGAUAAGAGGUUUUACUAAUGCAGUGGAAUUCACAUCAAAUGGUUCUCUUCUGCACUGAAAAGGAGCAAAAUUGUUAAAUUCUCUACUAGUAAGGAGUGUAACUAAGGAAGCACAUCACAUACAUCAAGGCCUCAGAUUCAAGACAACAUGCACCUUUGGUGUGAGAGUUUGCAUCUGCUGGUUCAUUUCUGUGUUUUGGGCAAAGUUUUGGAGGCAGCUGGAUUCAAAGAGAACGAUAUGGUGUCUGAAGAGGAUGACAGCCCCGAAUACAUGAGAGAGGUGUUACGUAUUCUGUCCCUGGAAGACCAGACUCAGCUCAAUAGAAACCAAACCCAAGCCUUAAUUACAGCACUUUUCGAUACUGUGAAGUGUCAAGAAAGGAUUGCAGGAACACAACAACAAUGUAAUCAGUGCCUUGCAGCAGAUGUGCUGUUGUCUGUGCUGAAUGAUGAGGCCAAGGACUAUCUCACCGAAGAAGAUUUUCAAAUGAUUUCAACAGUUCUUCUGUAUUAUGUCAUUAACAUGAGAGAUCUGUGCACAUCCAACAUCUCCACCAGUUCUCAAGACUAUCACUACUACCUCUUUGCGGUCUUGAAUAUAAACCACCAAGAUGACAAUCAGUUCCUUUCCCAAAAUGAAACUGAGACCAUCCUGCAGCUUAUCAGUCAGCACUACCGGCUCUCAACAUCGAGUCAUUGCAUAGACACUUCAACAUUAAUGGAAGAACUAAACAUUGUGGAUAUUCAAGGAGCAGAUUUCAAAAUGGUCCCAAAACUCUGUGCAGCAAUUAUAACUUACACUCUCAGAGGACAAUGCUUCCGGAAGCGGAAUUUCCCCUCUCCCGCAUUCUUCACCGGCUACAUAUUCCACUCUCUGAACCGCACCAGUGACAUCAGCACCACAGAUCUGGAAGUUCUGUUGCAUAAGUUGGGUGUUGGAGGAAUCCAUAACCCUGGUGAAAUGAGCAGAAGAGCUGCUGCUUCCAGGCUUCCCAGGAGCUUUGAAAAUAUGCAUGUUGAAACACACCAACAAGCAAGUUGUCCUGAAGAUAUUCAAGAGCAAAAUAAGGACUGGGCACAGAUGUGUUUCUCUGCCACUCAGCUCGUAGAGAUUUUCAUGCUAGACCACCAUUCUCAGAUCUCUAAAGAACUCUUCAACAACAUCUGUCCAGCAAUCAUCCAGCAGUUGUUGGGCAAUGCUUGUGGUACUAGGGAACUAAACCAAAGAAGCUCUCCUCCAAGUGCCAUUGAAAAAUAUGGCUACAGCACAGUGGCUAUCUUGAUCAUUACAAUUGGUUCAAUGCUUGGCAUUGCUUUGAUCUUUUUCCACUCCUGUCAAGAGACAUAUACCCUGGUGUUACAACUUUUUGUUGGCCUGGCUGUUGGGACCCUUUCAGGUGAUGCACUUCUUCAUCUUAUACCACAGAUUCUGGGCCUUCACAGUCACAGUGAAGAUCACCAUUUAACAGAAGGCAAAGACUAUCUCUGGAAGAUUCUGGGGAUUAUUGGAGGGAUCUACGGGUUCUUUCUCAUUGAGAAGAUUUUUUUUCUGGUUAUGCCCGGACACACUAAGAGUCCUUCAUUUGCAAAUGAACACUUGAAUCAUUCCCAUGACCUUCCCUUGGAGUCAAACUGCAAUAACCAAUCUCAAAGAGGAAAAUCCAUAUCAACAAUGCAACUGGGUAUUCCUGAAGAUUCUGAAUGUACAGAAAUACAUUCUGAAGAUGCUGAAGUGCACCUCCCUACAAGUCCAAAGAGGCAGGGUGUUUCCUUGCUGGCUGUCAUGGUCAUAGUCGGAGACAGCCUUCACAAUUUUGCUGAUGGUCUUGUUGUUGGGGCAGCGUUUUCAUCCUCCACAGAAACUGGCAUGGCAACAACCGUUGCCAUACUAUGUCACGAAAUCCCUCAUGAAAUGGGUGACUUUGCAGUUCUGCUGAAUUCUGGCCUCUCAGUGAAAAGUGCCAUGUUAUUAAAUUUUAUCAGUGCCCUCACUGCCUUUAUUGGGCUUUACAUUGGACUCUUCGUAUCCUCAGACACAGAGGUGCAACAGUGGAUAUUUUCAGUCACAGCAGGGAUCUUCUUAUACCUGUCUUUAGUGGAAAUGCUUCCAGAAAUGAGCCAUGUGAAGACUGACCGGCUCUGGCUGAUGUUCCUGUUGCAGAACUUAGGGCUGUUGCUUGGCUGGGGCUGCCUCCUUGUGCUGGCUCUCUAUGAGCACAAACUGAAGUUCUGAAAGGAUAUUUGACAAUUUCUUAGUCUUGCUGUAAAACCGGAGAUUGGACACCUCCAUGAUUACAGAGACAGUUCUGCCCUUCUACAAGACAUGUACUGUAAGCCUCCAGACGUAUCUCAAUGUUAACAAUAAAUUACUGGUUCAAACCAUAAAAAUCAGCAGUCGGUGCAAUUUUUACCAUUUUCAGCCCGCAAGGAAUGACAAGUAUUUAUACAACACUGAAGUCACAGCACGUAAUUGGUGUAAAUAAUGUGCUUAAUUACAAUGGAACAUAUCCUGGGACACACUAGUAUUUGUAGAGAACAAACUAAAAAACCUAAAAAAGGAAAAUAUAGAAGAUACUGUGAUCCGAUUCCCUGCAGAAAACUUGAUAUUUUUUAUUUGUGCUGAUAUUUUUUAUUACUGCUGAUAUGCAUUGUUCUUAUUAAAGACAGAAGUAUACAAAAAUAUUUGAUGUAAAAGUAGGUACUGUCUAAGUGUUUUAUAUUCAUCUUGAGGAAAGAAGAUCUGUCAAUAUACAGAGAGGUUAUGGGCAAGCAGACAAACCUACAGAGAGCUCACUAGCCUACCUUAUACAGUAAGUGUUACAGUGUAGGUGCACUUUCUAUUGGAGUGUACACUCCAUACACUCUUCCAGUCUGGCUAAUCCCUGUAUACUGCAGGAAGUAAUAUGCUUCCUAUCAUCACAAAUUAUACUACCAAGAGCCCUUAAUUAAAUUAUAUGACUUGAUUCAAGUGAGUUUAGUAACAGAUUGCAACACACUAGGUUCAAAAUAGUCUUGGAAUGCCAAAUUACCUGCUGGCUGGCUACCUUACCAGGUAGCUUUCAUUUUCCCCUUUUCCAACUGUUUAUUUGAGGCAUAAUUGGCCUCACACAGCCCAACUCAAUGUCAUAAAAUCCAUUCCACAGUGAAAUUCCACAGUGAAACAUUAUACUGUAGGCUUUGUGAAGCACUGUACUCCAUAAUACUUUAUAUCAAUUGUAUUUGGUUCUUUUAGAAGUUUACUCAUUUAAAGUCCUAAUAAAGCCAAAUGUUGAAUCUUUACAAAGGUUUUGUUAUGUAGCUAAAAUUUUAAACUGUACCUCAGAUUCAAUACACAAAAUGUCCUAGUGGUAAAGAGUUUGCCUGCAGGGCAAUUUAACCUUGUAUAUACAAUAAGAUGCAUUUUGUUUUUAAAUUUCACUUUUAUGGUGUGGUAAUGUAAUUAUUCAUCUGCCCUGCUUUAAGGUUCUGAAGAAAUGAUUAACAUAAUGUCUAUUUAAAUAUGACAUGUCUAUGUAAUUUAGAGAAGUGCUAAAUAAUCUGUGGGUAUGGUUAUAGAAGGUAAAAGCCACAACCUCAGAGUGGCCUUGGAUUGUGAAAGGAAUAAAAUCUCACGGCUCUUGACUGUUUCCUAUUUCUCACAAGUCAGGUUGUAAUGGUUUGUGCGCAUGCAAUACAAAUAACAAAUACUAUCUGUGUGUGAAGCAGUCUUCUCCUUUGUGGCUAAACUAUCGCUUAAUGCUUACUGGAAAUGACCCUGUGCAACAA